UGCCAUGGUUUCCAAGAAGUAUCCAGGAGCUGGACAGGUUUGCCAAUCAGAUCCUAAGCUAUGGAGCAGAAUUGGAUGCUGAUCAUCCGGGGUUCAAAGAUCCGGUGUACCGGGCCCGGAGGAAGGAGUUUGCAGAUAUUGCCUACAACUACAGACAUGGCCAACCUAUUCCUCAAGUCACCUACACAGAAGAAGAAAAGAAAACAUGGGGCACUGUCUUCCGGGAGCUGAAGAGUCUCUAUCCAACUCAUGCUUGUUAUGAACACAACCACGUGUUCCCAUUGCUAGAGAAGUACUGUGGCUACCGGGAGGACAACAUUCCCCAGCUUGAAGAUAUUUCAAAAUUCUUGCAGACCUGCACUGGAUUUCGCCUGCGUCCUGUUGCAGGCUUGCUCUCCUCUCGGGAUUUCUUGGCUGGGCUGGCAUUCCGAGUAUUUCACUCUACGCAGUAUAUUCGCCAUGCAUCCAAACCCAUGUACACACCAGAGCCUGAUAUUUGCCAUGAACUGCUAGGACAUGUGCCUCUUUUUGCUGAUCCCAGUUUUGCUCAGUUUUCCCAGGAAAUUGGACUGGCAUCUCUGGGAGCUCCGGAUGAUUUCAUCGAGAAACUCGCUACGGUUUAUUGGUUUACAGUGGAGUUUGGACUAUGUAAGGAAGGCGAUUCACUCAAGGCAUACGGUGCAGGGUUGCUGUCUUCAUUUGGGGAAUUGCAGUAUUGUUUAUCAAGCAAGCCUGAGAUUCAACCUCUUGUCCUGGAGAAGACUUCUGUGCAGAAAUACCCUGUUACUGAGUUCCAGCCUAUCUACUAUGUUGCUGAAAGUUUCAAAGAUGCAAAAGAGAAGUUAAGGAAAUUUGCUCAGACAAUCCCGCGCCCUUUCUCUGUUCGGUACAAUCCCUACACCCAGAGGAUUGAAGUCCUGGACAAUGCAAAGCAGCUGAAGAACUUAGCCGACACUAUCAAUAGUGAGAUGGGGAUCCUCUGCAAUGCCCUCCAGAAGAUAAAAUGAAGAUUCACUGUAACUUGCUAAUCACUGGCUACUAACUAGAAGAUGCCAUGUGCAAAUGCCAGAGUUCAUCUAGCCUUAAUCUAUUAUCUUCCUGUGUAUUGCAUGAAUGCUUAUGUUAUAUAUCUUAAUUACUAUAGAUUAGUAGAGAAAGACACACCUGCAGGUGACCCCUGACUCUUUUAACCUUUAGACACUAAUCCAUUUUUUCUCACUAAUGCAUAAAACCAACC